ACGAGAAUGAACUUAUUUUCUUUCAAAAUGCGUCAAGGAACUAAGAGACUACUGCUAGUGAUUGGUUUUGUAUUGACAGGUAUUUAUAUUGGGAUAUCAGUGUCAAAGUCGAAUAUUGGGAUUUCAGUGUCAAAGUCUAUUGUAUCACCUACAACAAUGGCCUCUACUAGUUCGAUACAAAAUCACAAAAAAAGAUACCAAGUAUGUGUUCAACCAAAAUUAAAUCCAUUUGAGGGAGAUUAUGCUAAGCAUUUUCAUUCCGUUGAUCCUGUAAAGUGUUCUGAAGACCCGGAUUGGAUGUCUGUAUCGAAUGGAACUGUCUUUAUUACAUCUGAAGCUAAGAAAAAACAUGGAAGUAUUUCUUGUAAACUUACUUAUUUUGAUCGUAUUGAUGACUUUCAGAACAAAGAUUUGGACACUGUAACUUUAACUGAUUCUUCAGUACUUACUCUUAAAUCUGAUUUUGUGAAAGUUCACUGCACAGCGAAAGACAAAAACGUGUACGAAAAUGUACAUGUCGGCGUGCGAAAUGUACCAGAAUAUCACAAAAAGACAGCCAAUCUUAGUUUUAGUCUAGGUUUAGAUGUAUUGAUGAUCGGUUUUGAUUCUCUGUCUCAUAUGACAUAUAUAAGAAAAUUGAAAAAGACAUAUCAAUAUUUCACGGAGAAUUUAAAAGGAACAACAUUAAACGGAUAUAAUAUCGUUGGUGAUGGAACACCACAAGCCCUUAUACCCAUUUUUACAGGUAAAACAGAAUUAGAAUUACCUCGAACACUAAAAAGACUAGCUAAAAAGGACUUCGUCGAUAUUUACCCAAUGGUUUGGAAAGAUUUUCAGAAGAAUGGAUACGUUACUGCAUGGGGAGAAGACAGUCCAGAUAUAGGAACAUUUACAUAUAGAAUGGUUGGCUUCAAGGACAAUCCUACUGAUCAUUAUAUGAGACCGUUUUAUGUAACUGCAGAAAAACAAUACUAUGGAAAACACAAAAAAUUGUGCUUAGGUAGUAAAAGAAGAUCUCAAGUUUUUAUGCAAUGGAUUCGUGACAUUUAUACUACAUAUGACAAAGUUCCAAAGUUUGUAUUCGGUUUCAAUAAUGAAGUCAGUCAUGACGAUAACAAUAUGGUUGAAACUGCAGAUGAAGAUUUGUUUAAUCUAUUAAAAUUUCUAAAUGAUGGGAAAUAUUUGAGAAAUACUCUUGUGAUUUUAAUGAGCGACCAUGGGGCGAGAUUCAGCAGUCUUCGAUCUUCGUUGCAAGGUAAACAAGAAGAAAGACUUCCGUUUUUUGGAUUUUCUUUUCCAGAGUGGUUUAAAACUAAACAUAGUUCAGCAUAUCGAAACUUCAAAUUAAAUGUUGAUAGAUUAACUUGUCCAUUUGACUUACAUCCUACCUUCUUAGACAUUCUAAACUUCAAAGGUGUAGGAAAAGGAGAUAUAAAUAACAGAGGAAUUAGUUUGUUCAAAGAAAUCCCUAAAACAAGAACAUGUGUCAGCGCAGGAAUUGAAACUCAUUGGUGUGCAUGUUUAAAUUGGGAAAGUCUAAAUAACGACGACCAGGCAGUGCUUAAAAUUUCAAAUUAUGUAGUUUCUGAAAUAAAUAAAUUGACAGAACCUCAUCGGAAACUCUGUCAAAAAUUAACACUUAGAAAUGUUUUGAGAGCACAAAAACUGUUACCAGAAACAGAUAUGCUUCUAUUCAAACAGACUAAUGAUGCUGACGGUUUCCGAGCAGAUUUAUCGGAUAAUACAGCAGUUGUGCAUAUUGUUUAUCAGGUGUGGAUCUAUACAACUCCUGGAGAUGGAUUAUUUGAAGUAACUGUUAAUCAUAAUAUGCAAGCUAAUAUAUUUAUCUUAGAUGAAAGUUCAAUUAGUAGAGUUAAUAAGUAUGGAAAUGCUCCUAAAUGUAUUGAAAAAGAACACGAGGAACUCCGGAAAUAUUGUUAUUGUUACAAAUGAACGAAACACAGUGAGAUGAAGGAUUAUUCCUCGUUUGAAAAUUCGACAUAACUUAAAUGGAAGUCGUCGUUGCAUAAUACUGCUUUUCAGUGACUUGAUUGCUAGCACGCGUUGUUCUAUAUUAAAACAAAAUAAUACAAUUCUCAGACAAAUGAAGAAACGCUUCUGAAGUGAUCUUUCCGAAAAUCUGUGAUAAUUAAUGUGAGUGUGUAUUAGUCAUGAAACUUUAAAAUUACUAUUCUUAUAAAAUGAGGAAUGUAAUGUUUGCAAUAUAUGAUCGAAAUAGAGAUUAAAGUCCAUGUGAUAGUAGGCAGUAACGAAAAGAGAGAGUGACUUUGUGUUAAUAUAAAAGAUAAUGGAAACAAUUGAUUGGCUUUAUAACACUGGUUUUAUAAAUCAAUACUUCCUUCUAUGAUAUACGGACUCGUAAGACGAGUUUGAAAUAUGGUCACGGUUUGCCCCAAAAUUUAUCAGAUACAGUCACGUUAAUCUGUAAUACAUCUGAAGAUAAAUAGAAAUUUUAUUUAAAUUUUGAAUAGUAUAAAACAUAUGAGUAUAAGCUUUGAUGAGCUUUGUAUCUAAUAUAAAAGCGUAUACAAAACAAAUAAAAGUAAUAUUAAAAAAAUAAGGAGAUGUGUUAUGAUUGCCAAUGAGACUCUGUUAACCAGAAAGCAUUGGACGAAGAUGUAAAUAGCUGCAGGGCACUGCAUGGGCUUCAAAAAUGAUCAAAACCCAUCCCACAUUGUAAGCUAUAAAAGUACCCGGCAUGACGAUAUCAAAAAUAAUUCAUAAAAGAAAACCAAUGGUCUGACUAAUAUGCAUAUAUAAAACAUAAUUGAAUACAGCCAUGUAAAAUCUUAUAUAUAAAACAUGUUUCAAG